AUGGUGCCCAAGUGCAUUGUCUUUGGCAGCUUGAACGGGCAAAUACGGCCUGUAUUUACCAAGUUAGCCAAGCUACAGCCGAAACAAAACUUCUCCUUUGCAAUCAUUCUCGGCGAUCUCUUUGGUGAUAACUCGACUGAGGCUGAGCUUGAAGAUAUCAAUGCAUUGAUACAAGGCAAUAUUCCUGUGGCAUGCCCAACCUACUUCACCCUGGGUAACAGGCCACUCCCCGCUCAAGUGGUGGAAAAGAUUGAAGCCGAUGAUGAAGUGUGUCCCAACCUGUUCUUCCUCGGAAAACGAGGCACCCUGAAGACUACCGAGGGCAUCCGUAUUGUUGCCCUUGGGGGAACUUUGGAGACCGAGGGACGCUCCAAGCCGGAGAGCAAUGCUAUUGGGAAAUUCCAGCCGACAUACAGUGAAUCCGAUGCUCGUGCACUGUUCGGAAUCCACAAAACCGACAUCCUUAUCACCAACCAGUGGCCGAAGGAUGUCCGUCUAGGCUCCAGCCAGACUGUCUCUGGAGAUGAGGGUACUGUGCCAUCCGAAGUACAGUGCCUUGCUGAUGUCUGUGCGACCCUGAAACCCCGGUAUCACUUCUCUCGGUCGGACGGUGGGCACUUUGAGCGCGAGCCCUUCUUCUAUAUGCCAUCCGAAGAUGGUGAGAAUGGAUACCGAACCACUCGCUUUAUCUCCUUGCCGUCUUUCGGCUCAAGGAAAGACGCAUUAUACGCCUUCAACUUAGACCCAGCAGCCAUCCCCCCAGUCAGUAUCCCUGUAGGCUGCACGAUUUGCCCCUGGUCGGCGGUGCAAAGCAAGCGUAACAUGCUACCAAGCCAAAAGGAAUCAUUCCAGCGCUUCGCCCCGUCCGACAGAGACAGAGAUCCGGGCCACAAGCGCCGACACAAACAACGUGUUCCUCCACCAGGCCCAGAGCAGUGUUUCUUCUGUCUUUCCAAUCCAAACAUCGCCACCCAUCUCAUCGGCUCCAUUGGCAAUGAUAGCUAUAUCACCACCGCCAAAGGACCUUUACCUCCACCCAAUUUCUUCCCUUCCCUCGGCUUCCCAGGCCACAUGCUCAUCAUCCCCUUCGAACACACCCCAACCAUAGACCUGAUCUUCGACCCCACAAGCCGAGCCUCAACAUUCGCCGAAAUGCAACGGUACCGCGAAUCACUCCACCAAAUGCUCAACGAACGUUCAGGCGGCAAACUCGGUUCCGUGACAUGGGAAGUCAGCCGCUCGGGCGGUAUCCACACGCACUGGCAAUUCCUCCCAAUGCCAGUAGAAAAGAUUCGCAAAAGGCUAGUUGAAGCAGCGUUCCAAACCGAAGCCGCAAAUCUGGGGUACGAGAAAUUCAGGACCGUGCCAUCUCCCGACCAAAUCGACAAGCACAACAUGGAUGAUUACUUCCGUGCUUUCAUCUGGACGCCUGCGCGCAGCAACGCCGAAACCGAGGGCGAAGGUGAAGCCGAUUUGUGGUCUGCGCCUGAUCACAAGGGUGUUUAUAAGACCGGGUCUGGAGAAGAGAAAAUCACCAUGUUGCCGAUCAAGCCGGAUAACCGAUUUGAUCUUCAGUUUGGUCGUCGGGUCAUGGGUAAACUGCUCCUGUUGGACCAGCGCCUAGAUUGGAAGGACUGCACGCAGACCGAGGAGGAGGAGACUAAUGAUGCGGAGGCUUUCAAGGAGGCUUUUAAGAAACAUGAUUUCACGAUGGAGAUGGAGGAGUGA